AAACUUGGGCAAUUACUACAACUAUUCUCGGUACGUUGGAAGAACUGAACAAAACAAUUACUACAACUAUCCUUGGUAUAUUGGAGGGAUUGGAAAACAAUAACCACAGUAGUACUCAAUAUGUUGAGAAUUGGCUAAACAGA